AUUUUCAGGGGGAAACACGUCAUAAUGGACACUUUCUGAUGACGCAGAGGAAAUUAAGAAUCUGAGGGCAGAAGAUUCUGUGAUAAUAAGAGAUUUUUUUUAGUCACUUGCUGCCCUAAGAAAUGGGCCAUCCUCCCAGUCCAGGUGAUCCAUGGAAGAACUCCAUCUUUAACGAAGCUGAACUGGAAGAAAUAGCCCCAAGGUAUCAAGAUUCCAGAUUUCAUCUAUUAGAUGGAGUGAGAAGUAAGUUUAGAUGUUCUGGGACGAUUGCAAAAUCUCUGCUCCUGAAAUUCAUCCCGAUCCUUUACUGGCUGCCGCGUUAUCCAGUCAAAGAAUGGCUUCUCGGGGACAUCGUUUCUGGGCUGAGCGUCGGAAUCAUUCAGCUCCCACAAGGUUUGGCCUAUGCUCUUUUGGCCGGCGUCCCCCCAGUGUUUGGCUUAUAUUCAUCAUUUUAUCCUGUAGUGCUCUACGUCAUAUUCGGAACUUCGCGACACAUUUCUCCAGGAACUUUUGCUGUGAUCUCUGUGAUGGUGGGAAGUGUGACGGAGUCCUUGGCACCAUCUGAUAACUUCAUGAUACCGGGAAAUGAAUCAAUGAUUGACACUGUUGCCAGAGAUGCAGCCAGAGUUCAGGUGGCAUCAGCCUUAACAUUGUUGGUUGGCAUCUUUCAGAUCUUGUUGGGACUGGUGCAGUUCGGCUUUGUGGUAACCUACCUCUCUGAGCCCCUUGUUCGGGGUUACACCACUGCAGCUGCCAUCCAUGUGACUUUGUCUCAGUUCAAAAGCAUCCUGGGUGUGGAGAUAAGUCAGCGGAGUUCCCCUCUGUCUCUGAUAUAUACCUUCAUCAGUCUCUGCGCCAAAAUUCCACAAACCAACAUCGCUUCCCUCCUCACUGGAGUCAUUGCCAUCAUCGUCAUGUUCACAGUGAAAUUCCUGAAUGAGAAAUACAAUUCAAAGAUACGGAUGCCGAUCCCUAUAGAGCUGAUCACCCUAAUUGUUGCCACUGGGAUAUCCUAUGGUGUGAAUCUGAAGAGAGUAUAUGGUGUGGAUAUUGUAGGAAACAUCCCAACUGGACUAAAAGCUCCUAUUAUACCAAGCACUGACCUGUUUGCCAGCGUGGUUGGCAAUGCCUUUGCCAUAGCCGUGGUCGUCUAUGCCUUCACCAUCUCUUUGGUCAAGAUGUUUGCCGUUAAACAUGGCUACAAUGUGGACAGUAACCAGGAGCUCAUAGCCCUGGGGCUGAGUAAUUCUUUUGGAAGCUUUUUUCAGUGUUUUACUAUCGGAACAGCCAUGUCCCGGAGCCUGGUGCAGGAGAGCACAGGAGGAAACAGUCAGGUAGCCGGUGCGGUGUCUAGCCUUGUCAUCCUCAUCAUCAUUCUUAAAGCUGGCGAGCUGUUUGAGUCCCUGCCAAAAGCGAUACUGGCGUCAGUGGUCGUGGUGAAUUUAAAGGGAAUCUUCAAGCAGUUCAAGGAUAUCCCAGCACUAUGGAGAUCAAAUAAAAUGGACCUAGCAGUUUGGUUAGUGACCUUUUUGGCCACCAUACUCCUGAAUUUGGACCUGGGCCUGGCCGUUUCAGUAGCGUUUUCCCUCGUGGCCGUCAUCUUCAGGACACAGUGGCCUCGCUACUCAAUACUUGGGCAAGUUUCCGGCACAGAUAUUUACAGAGAUGUGACCCAGUAUCAGCAGGCUCUCGAGAUCCCAGGUGUAAAGAUCUUCAGGUCUUCGUGCACACUUUACUUUGCUAAUGCAGAGUUAUAUGCGAAUGCUGUUAAAAAGCAGUGUGGGAUUGAUGUGGACAAACUUAUUGAGAUGAAGAAGAAAGAAGCUAAAAAGAAGAAGCAACUGCAGGAAAAGGCAGAGAGAGAGGCAAAGAAAGGGUUAAAGGAACAGAAUAACACCGAGGACACAAGCGAAAAAGCACAUGAGCUGGAGUACAUCUAUCCCCACAGCCCUGGGGUCGGGGAACCAGAACAAGCUGUAAUUAAUGAAGUAGUGGAGGAGACGGCAUUCAACGGUGCGGGAUCCGACCAAUGCCCCUUCCACUCGCUCAUCCUGGAUCUCAGCACGGUCAGCUUUGUGGAUACAGUCAGCAUUAAGAUCUUGAAAAAUAUAUUUCGUGAUUUUCAAGAAAUUGACGUGGCCGUCUAUCUGGUUGGAUGUCAUGAAAAUGUCCUAGAACAGCUGGAAUGUGGGAAUUUCUUCAGCAAGACGAUCACCAAGCAUCAGCUAUACUCUUCCCUCCAAGACGCCGUCGCUUAUAUUUCGAGAUUUCAUAGAGAGAAGCCUGUGAAAGAAGAAAGACAUUCUUGGACCACGAAGCUAUGAGGGCAUCGAUUUCCUUCCCACAUCUUAUACUUGAAUUCCCAGAAUGUGAGCCCUUCAGGAUAACACGUGGACAGUCUGGCUACAACAACUGCCAACCAAGAGCUCCCCCUAGUGGCCACAUGAUAUUAUUCACUAAUAUUUAGUAAGUUUUGAAAAGUGAAUAAAAGGAACUGUCUACUUCUACUGCAACUGAUGACCGAUGAGGAGAUGGGAGACCUUAUAAAAAUCAGUAAUAUGGUGCUAUCAUUUAAAGGCAACCGAGUAUCUUGGAUUCUUAUUAAGGUUUUUUUACCGGAUAAUCGAAAUACAUGUCACAUGUAAUAAAACCUAUUUUUCAUGCUUGCUGUUCUGUCAGGUCA